GUCGGCCACUGCAUCCGUCAUAUUAACUUGGGGGGCUGAUAUCAGAGGAUUACUUUACAUAGCCUUGAUAAGAGCGAGACUGUCCAUGAGGAAGAAUGAAUCGCACUUGUGCUGACUGCUUGAAGAGCCUGAUGGUUUUCCUCCACUUCAUUUGCUGGUUGUGCGGUGCCUUUGUGGUGGCAUUUGGAGAGUUCCAAAUGAUGCACUCAAAAUAUGGUUCCCUGAUCAUUUCCUUUUGGCCCAUCUACCCCGCCAAUACUCUGGUGGUCACAGGCACGAUUGUUACCUGCGUGUGUUACCUGGGCAUCUUAGGAGCCAUGAGGGAGAACCGCUGCAUGCUCAUCACUUUUUUCAUCCUGCUGUUCAUUCUGAUGUUGGUGGAGCUGGCCAUGGCCUGUGUGUUCUUUGUCUUCAACAGAGAGAUUGACACAUUCUUUGAGAAAGACCUGGAACGAAGCUUGGAGAUCUACAAACAUUCCCCUCCAAAUGGUAACCAAACCAUUAAAGAUGACUUUGAUGCGGUUCAGUACCUGUUUAAGUGUUGUGGAGUCCAUGGCGAGGCGGAUUGGGAGGGGAGGGUACCUAUCUCCUGUUGUAUCGAUGACCCCUGUCAAACUGUCCCCCACAUCAACUGGCAAGAGGGCUGUCAUAUGAAACUAAGGAACUGGUUUGCCCAUAAUUUUCUCAGCACAGCAGCCGGUGUGGUCACACUGUUCAUCAUACAGUUCAUUUGUUUGUGUUUCACCGUCCCCCUCUUUUGCCACCUCAGUCGGAAAAGACUUGGUUAUCAGUGAAAAGGACCCCAGUGGCGUCUGCAAUAAAUCCUUUUUUAAAGGAAAAUUUCCAACAAAGGAUUAUCUUAAAACUGUGCCUACUUUCCAUCUUAUAGGUCAAAAACUUGCUUCCUUUUCAUUUUAAGAAUUUCAUAAUUUUUCUUUUUAAGCUAAUACUUUUAGGACACAGUAUUGAGGGAAAACACCCCAACAAUCUCCAUCAAUCUGUCAUGUCUUGAAUAAUCUAGACUGGAAAAUGCUGUAAACGCUUUCAGAACUUCUAAUAGACCAAAAAUUAUAAUAAUGCAAUACAAUGAAGCAUGUUUUUUUCCUUUCCCAUCAAAACUUUCUAAAAUUUUAGAAGCCUUGAAAUGAACGACAUUUUGCCUAUCGCACAGCAAAAACUGUACCGCAAAAGUUUUACAUUUGAGAUUAAUCUCUCUCUCCCAAAAAAUGUCUUCUUCAACUUUUGUAACUUAAGCAUUUUUGUGAAAUUUUUAUAAAAAAAAAGUUGUAAAAUUUUGGGACCAAUUUUCAACUCUAGCCUGAUACUAAUUACAUGCCAGUAGUUAUUUAUACCUUUAUAUAAUAUAAAUUGCUCAUUAGUUACUGGAUAUCAGAUACCUUCACUAAAGCUGCCUAUGUUUCUGAAAUGGUUAAGUAAAAUGUGCCAUCUAGUGUCUGCCAUGUCACUGAGUCGACAAGCUUGUAUAUAUUUACAUUGGCAAGUCAAUUGAUUUAGACUCUCAAAUGUGUGUUCUUUGUGUGUUUCACUUAGUUUAGUUUUAUGUUAGAAAUAAAAUCAAGCUUCUUCAGUCUUUAUUAAAAGAAUAGGAUUAAAGGCCUUAAUUUGCCCCACAGUAAGGUGUAACAUGUAUAUUUAACAGAAUAUUGACUAUGUUAUAUAUACUGAUGACAGGAAUGAGCCUAACACCUUUAUCCCUUUG